AUGAUACCACUCCAUGACUCCAUACCAAAUCUACUUAAAAAUUCCACCGAUGCAUUAAGCAUUACCCUCCACAUCACACGUAACCCUCAAACCCAACCUUUGGCUCCAAAUCCCUCCUCCGGUUUAGAUCACUCUCCAAAUCAUGAUGACUUUUAUACAUUACAUUCAGAAGACCAAUUGCCAUUGUGUCCCACAGGUGGAUACAAUGGUAUAAAAGCAGUCCAGUUUCCUUGUAGCAGAGCUUUCACAAUUGUUGGUUCAUGUGAUGGAAUUUUCUGUUUGAGUGAGUAUCAGAAGGGAAUUAGUCUAUGGAACCCUUCAAUUAGGCGCAAACAAAGCCUGCCUGAUUAUCCGGGGAGAACCAGAUGCAUUUUCAGUAUUGGGCCUGGGUUUGGUUUUGAACCAUCAACGAUCGACAUGAAAAUGCAGUAG